AUGGAGGGGAUGGAGGAGGAGGCGGCGGCGGCGGCCAAAUCUGCCGGCGGCAGCCCUCAAGGAUCCAAGAUAGCAAGCAAAACAGCCAGCCCCAUGGAAGCGACAGCUAUAGAGAGAAGUGGCCCCGAGCAGCAGCCAGAUAAUGGACACCUCCCGAGGCCCUGGCUUUGCCCUCCGGAAGACAGAACACCCAACUUGAUAGCCCCUCAACCUCCCAGGGCAGGGAGGGUGCAGCUUCAAGGCCCCUCCAUGCUGGAGUUCAAGGUGAGAGCCUUGAAGGAGAAGAGGACAGCGGACAAGCAGGGGGCGAGCCCUGGCCCCACCUCUCACGAGCGGCCAUCCUCCAAGAAACUCAAAUGCAGACGGGUCAAGGGAGGUGGAGAGCGGUCUCCCCUGCCAGAUGCAUUGGUGGUCUCCCGUGCUCAGAACCUGACAGAUGGGCAAAUGGACAGCAGCGUCAAUGACAAGGAACCUGCCAGGAAUGGGUACCCCAGACCCCCCAGGCUGCCUGCCCCUGGGCUGGAGUGCUGGAGUGGGAGGAGCCCGUGGCCUCCGGAAGCAGCAUGGACCCUGCCUGACCAUGAAAGAGGGCUGGUGCCAGGGCCUAGCUCUUUGCAAGAGAGCCCCAUCCACAGAGCUGCUCCAAGCCGGCCUGGGGGCCCUGGGCCUUGUGACAAAAUCACCCACAUACCCAACCUGAGGCAGGGAAGGUCAUCUCCCCUUCGAGACAAUCUGGCCACAGGGGGAGACCUGGACAGCAGAUCCCUGAGCUCUGAGGAGGGCUUUGUCCCCAGGACACCCCUGCUGGGGGGGCUCUGGAAAGCUGAAGACCUGGGGGCCCUGGCCACUAGGGGCAGUGCUUUGUCCCUGUCUGAGCGGGUGGAGAGGAACCGCCUUCUGCUGCAGGAGAUGCUGAGUGUCUCAGGGCAGGGCCCCCCGAAGGCCGGGAUCCUGGCCUGGACUCCAUCCUGGGACCGAGCUGCACCAGAGCGACCAGCGGGGGACGUGGACUGGGACUCAGGCAGCUCCCUGCAGGACUCAGAUCAGAAAAGGACCUUUGGUCCCAAGCCGGAGCCUGGGCUGAGCCCCAGGGAAGAGGAAGCCAAGCAUCUGCUGCAGCACGCCCGCAUGAAAGCCAGGACCCGGCCCCUCCGGGCCAGCCAUGACAUCAUGCCCACCAUUGCCCCAGGCAGCCGAGACGGCCGGAGGAGCCCAGCCCUGGACCCGAGGAUGACCUUUCCCUGCAGAGACAGCCCCCAGAACGGGAACCUGAGUGACUCCUCCAGCGGGGAGUCUAGCAGCGGGCUGUGGCCGAAACGGGGCGCCUCUCCAUCGUCCCACGUCCGCUUUGAGGAUGAGUCUGCCCGUGACGUUGAGUUCCGAUACCUGGAGCGGCUGCAGCAGCGCCAGCGCCAGAUGCUGAACUCGGUGUUGCAGGCGGUGGACCAGGGCCCUCUGCGCUCCAAGCCGGACCUCGCCGACUACAUCAACGGGGGCGAAAGGCGCAGGGACGCUGGGGAAGGGGCACUCCAUAGGCUUGCGGGCGAGCUGCACCGCUGGGUCCUGCCGCCGCCUCCCCCUCGGAACAGCGAGAGGAAAUGCCGAGCCUGCGGCAACCGUCUCAAGCAGCAACGCCCUAUGGAGGCGAAGGCACCACCAAACCCGAGGAUCCUCCAGGAGCUCGGAGCUGCCUGUGGGGUGGAGGGGUUGCUGGCGGAGCCCCAUAGCUCUGGGGGCCUGAGCUCCCCCGUCAGGUUCCUUCUUGCUGAGCCGGGGCUCCAUGCAGACUGGAUCCGGGAAACGCACAUCGGAGACAUCCUGCCCCCCGCGGAGGUGGACUCCACCCUAGACAGCACCUCCGACAGCUGCAGGACCGACAGUGAAGAGGCUGGGACCUCUCAGCCCAGCAGGGCACGGGGCCGAAUCCGGGGCUCCAGGCCUAGAGGAGGCCACAGAUGGUCCAGGAAGCUGCAGCAUGGGGUUGACCAUGUGGAGGUUGGAGACGAGCCGAAAGAAGGCAGAGGACACACGCCGGCAGGGACUCUGUGUUCCAGAGAAGAUGCUGUCCCUAAGCCUCCUGCCCUGGAAUCUAAGAGGGCUUCCCUGGGUUCCCAGUGGCAGCCUGGACCUGGGCUGGGAAAUUGCCCGGCUCACCUGCCAGAUUCCCCACCUCCAUGCAGGACAGCCUAUGCCAUGACCUCAUCCAUGAAGUUCGGGCUGUCAGGGCCAGGCAGACAAGCCCAGGUUAUAGAAAGCCAUGAGUCUCUGGAAACUGCCUCCACUUCCUCUCUGCAACAGAGCCAUGCAGAGCCCUCUGCCCCCAACCAAGCACAGCAGCCAACUGCUUCCCUCUCCUCAGAAGGUCGGGUGCCAACCCCUCCCUCUUCAAGGAAAACAGCCUCCUCACCUGUGCCUCACAGGAAGGCAGCCCCGGCUGGGCCCCACAGGCCAGGUGACCAGCCAGACCCUGGGGACACUCCCCUGCCUCCUUCAAGAAGUGUGGUGCCCAGGACCUGUGAGCACACUCCCCCACAAACUCAGUCCUGCAGCCCCCAAGUAACGCACCCACUGCUGGCGCUGUCCACCAACUGCAACAACAGCGUGGCUCUGGAGCUGCAGGAGCCCUGGGGAGAAGCCAUCCCUGAGAGCAGGGUGGAGGGGGGCCUCUGCAGCCAGGAGCCAGAGCUGCCCCUGGAGAACAGCAGAGAAGGAGGACUCCAGGGCUUUCCCAGCCCAGCAGCCGUUGGCACCAUCAGCUCCACGGGUACUACCCUCUCCCUGGCAUCAGAGGAGCCAGAGGGAGGCCCGCAGAGGACAGAGCUGAGGUCUGGAGGCCGUGUGCCGUCUGGAGCAUCACCAGGGGUCAGUGCAGGACCCAGCCUGCCCUCAGCUACCCCUUCUGAAAGGAACAAGAAAAGCAGCAGCAGCAUCGCCUCUACCCUGGGGCUGAAGAAGUUCUUUGCGGCCCUGGGCCAGAGUACCCGGCCCAAGCUGGGCAAGUCCCGUAGCUACAGUGUGGAGCAGCUGCAGUCCCCUGCACCCAACCCGGUGUCACACACCAGCACCCCCAAAGUGAAGAGAACCCCAUCGUUACAAUCCCUGCAUUUGGUGUCAUCCUCUCACCAACAUCGGAAAGCUGCCUCCUUUCAGAACCUCCACUCUCUGCUAAGGAGCAAGGUGGACCGUUCCAGCCUCUACUUGAUAGGGGAGCCAGAGGACCACAGUGCAACUGGCAGGCCGGCCAAGGCCCCGCCCCGGCGUGCCCUCAGUGUGGAAGACGUGGGCGCCCCCAGCCUGGCCCGCACAGUGGGCCGUGUGGUGGAGGUGUACCCAGACGGCACAAGCCAGCUACAGCUACAGCGCUCCCCGGAGGGCACUUUUGGCUUCUGUGUGGCCUCUGGAAACGGGCGCAGGGACUCAGGUAUGCCCCCUCCCGUUCCUGGGUUCCACAGCCCUGGGGCCUUAGUAGAGCACAAGCCAUGCCAGAAGCCUGUGAUCAGAGGCUUUUUCAGGCCCUUGCCUCAGCCGUGGAGCUCUAGAUUCAGAGAGCCUCUCAACCAAAGGACUAGAAUUCUCCCCUUAGGGGCUCUUUCUGAAGAGUUGAGGGCCCCCUCGGAGCCUGACUUCCAGGACCCUGUGCCAGUGCAGCCCUGAGAAGACGUGGGGUUGCUAGAGUGGGUAGAGCUAGCAGGUUUGAGUCCACUUUCCCCCUCUGAUGUCUGAGGACAUCUUGAAAUCAGACUGUUUUCAGAGGCGAGCUGGAGGGAAACUGUCUGUGCUUGCCGGCUCUCAUGAUCUCUUUGAUGUGGUUGAUGUGUUUAAAUUGUUCCCUUCCUCCAGCUGUUGAUAUGUCUGGGCAUGUGGAGUGUGCCUGUGUGUCUGUGGCUCUCCGUGAGGGCCAGUGCUUAAGGGUUAUGUUCAGAUGGGUCCUGGCCCAUGCCCCUGGCUGGGUGGCCCACUGGAUCUUGGCCAGGUCAGUAAGGAGCCCUGGGGCCAUCAUUCUGCUCUCUGGCUGGUGCUCAGUCCUGCCCAGGACAGUGGGUUGGUGCUGAGGGAAACAAGUCUUUCAGGGCAAAGUGACUUGUCCAGGCCUUUGUCCAAGGUCUGUGGCCCAGACUCCGUCUCAGGGCAGAGGGCCCUGCAAGGCAUUUCCCAAAUAAGAUGUGUAGAAAAGAGGACAGGUAUGCUGGAGAUGGGGAAGGAGGGUUGAGGAAGGAAGAAGAGCGGAAGGUCACAGACACAGAAAGACUCACUUGCAGAAGCCGGCUUUGGGCUGGGCUCUGCCGAGGAGGGCUGUCCUGAGCUCUGAUCUACCUGGUCCAAGUUAUUGAGCCUGUAAGAAACUCUCCUGCUGCCAAAUUUGCAGACCACAGCAUGAGUUCUUGCAUUUCUUCUAUCAUUCACUGUUUCAACAAAUAUAUUUUGAGCACCUAAUGGUGAUACAGUAGUAAAUGGAGCAGACAAAAUCCCUGUCCAUAUGUGCAUGCAGACUUUAUAUGUUAAAUAUUAUACAUAUAUAUGUAUGUAUAUACACACACUAUAUAUAUAUCAAAUAGGAGAAAGUAAAAAAAAAAUCAGCAGGGUCAGGGCCCAGGGAGUGGCAGUGCAAGGAGUGUAUUGCAGACAGGAUGGUUAGGGCCGUUUCUCUGAGAAGAUGGCAUUUGAGCGGAGACUGGAAUGGAGUGAGGGAGGAGCCAUGUGGGUAUCUCAGGGAAGAGCAUUGCAGGCAGAGAGGGCAGUAGUGCAAAGGCCCUGAGGCACAGGGAUGGGCGUGGCCAUUAGAAGAACUGCUAGGAGGUUGGCUUGCAUUGAGCAGAGAGGUCUGGGGGAGAGAGGGAGCUGAGCUUCGGGAGGCAGUGGGUCCGUGAUAAGGACUGUGAUGCUGAGUGAGGCAGGGCUCACCGGAGGGCUGGGAGCAGAGGUGCUCUGAUUCACAUUUUCAACAGGCUCACUGUGCUGCGUUGAGAAUAAACCCCAGUGGAGCAAAGGUGGAACCAGCGAGACUUGUUUAAAAGUUAUUUCAGUAGUGCAGGAGAGAGACAAAGGUGGCUUUGACUGGGAGUGGCUGUGGAUUCUGGAUGUGUUUUGAAGGUGGUUUUGACUCAGUUUGCUGAUGGAUUAGACAAGGGUGUGAGAGAAAGAGAGGGCAAGCUGCUCCUCAUUGUAGACCUCAGGCAGGGCCUGUCCUCAGAGGGAGAUUUCACUUGUGGAC